UGAAACUGGCCAGUAGGAAUAUUCAAUAUUUAAUUUAUGCUAUAAUUGGCGUUUUUUAUGAGACCAUCAAAUACAGAUUGAUUUUACAACAACAUUUGCAUAUCUCUGAGUUUGAAAUACAAUAUGAAUUCUCUAAAAUUAAUGCUUCUGCUUUUAUUCGUGGUGCUUUCAUCGGAGAAUAAACUUAAAGAAAAUGACCACACUAAAAAUCGUAGAGCUGCGGGGGACAAUGUUGCCGAGAUGAACGAAAUUGCAAGAAGUGACGCCGUUUACGCCCGGAUGAGAAGUCAGUUAAGACUGUUGGACUAUUUCAUUGGACCUAAAGGUCCAAGGGUAGAUAUGAGACAGUUUGUUAACUGGGACAAAACUAUCAUAAUUGACCAUUUAUUCUAUGUGAAACCUAAAACGAUCUGGGAAGUUCAAAGAGUUGUAAAGGCAGCGGCCAUGACAGGAAUUCACCUACGGGCAACAGGAGGCGGUCAUACACGUUCUCCAUUGUACCCGGAUGAGGGUCAGAUAUCUAUGGAUGUCAGAGAGUUAGAGCGCCAUGAUGGUCCUCGAAUGGAACUUCACAAACCGAACUCAGAAAGGCCGUAUCAUACCGUCACUGUAAUAACUGGAGUAUUAGAAUAUGAAUUGAAUGAGUUUCUGGUCAAGAAUGGUCUCUCCAUGUUGUCUCAGCCCCUCAUUGUCAACGCCACAGUCGGUGGAAUGGUAGCCUCAUCUACUCAUGGUUCAUCCUGGAGUGCUCCAACUUGGAGUGGUUAUGUGGUGGAGAUGCGCUUAGUAAACGCUCGCGGUCGAUUGCAACGUUUUUCCAAAGAAGAACACCCACAACUUAUGGAGGCACUUAUGUGUAAUCUAGGAAUGAUGGGAGUCAUGUAUGACAUCACAAUCCAAGUCAACGGGACGCUUAUUGCUAAAGUUCAAAAUCAAUAUGUACCGUUAGAAGAUUUGUUCUAUAAUCAAACUAACUUAAAAAACGUAGUGACGUCACAUUUCCUAACGGAAAUAUCUUGGUAUCCAUUCAAUUCUGUGACUCCAGAAGAGGAGGCAGUGUUUAGACAUAAUAAAACAGUUCUAAACUCUUGGACAGUUAGAAGAGACAUUGUAUGGCUAAGAACAAUUGUAUUGGUCAAUACUGUACCUGAUGACCACGUGAUACAAGGUCCAGUCUAUUUACCAACCGGGGGAUCAAUAUCGGGUGGAAAUGAAACAGGAAUACUGAGAGGAAAGGGUGCACUUAACAUAGCAAAGCUGCUUCCGUCGGAGAGUUAUCAUUACUUGGUAGAUGCAUUUCCCACCAUUUUACCGCCAAAGCAUGGAUCGGAAACCAGUGCCGCUUUUGUAUUGAAUAUUGAUAAUUCAUUUUCACGUCCUCUCCGAGCAUUCAAGUUUAUGGCAGAAAAAGUAGAAAACCAAAUUAAAUCUUUAGGAUCCUCUCCAAUGAACGCUUUCCUUCCACGAUUUUUACAAAACAUGGAUUGUUUGUUGUGUUUUGGGAACAACGGGAUUAGGCAAGACGACGAUUCUGGACGUUCUAUGGUGAUUGACUUCCUAGCUCCGCCCACACAGUUCGGAUUUUAUGAUACAGCAGCAGAUUUUGUCCAGCAAUUUCGCCAUGAGAAAAUACGUCCCCAUUGGGCAAAGCGACAUACAGAUAUACCAGGGAUUGUUGAUGUCAUUAAAGAGACCUAUGGUGAAAAUAUAGAGAAAUUUAAUCAACUGAAAUUUGAUUCAGGAAUAGACAAAUGUGGAUUAUUUAUGAAUAGCUAUCUCACCCAAAUAUUUGGUCGUCCUCAAAGUUAUUACAAGUGGUGUUAAAUGUUUGAUAAUUUGAUUAAAUUAAUAUUAAGAAAAUAUUUGUGUAUACCAAACUUCCGGGUACGCACCCUUUUCGAACAGUAUAUUUUAAAUAUUUUUAUUUGAAUCCGGGUCUGAAGA